AUGAGCAUGAUGCAAUGCAACAGUGGUUUGUGGAGGAAUAGGAGAUACUGGGAUUGGCAAUUGAACUCCAGCAGACUAGAUGAUGCUGAUAUUCAAUUUCAACUUCAGCUGCGGAAACGAAGACUCUUGCAGCUGUUGGCAACAUGGCAAGGAAACCUUGGUACUGCAUUCCCUUAUUCAAAUGAUGUCCCACCAUGGGGCCCAGCUCUGGAUGAGAUGCAAGAAGUGCAACAGGAGAUGACAAGGGAGUCAAUGGAUGGGAUUUACUCUGAGUCUGACAAAAGUGGUGAUGAGGACAACUUGGAGGAUGAUGGCUUGGAACCUGGGCUAAUUGAGCAUCUACAGACCUUGGAGUUGAUGGACAAUGCCUUGGAUGACGACAUAAAGGGUAUUCCCAUCUAA